AUGUGCGUGUGCGUCGGUAGCGGUCUCUUUGAUCUGGUGCCAGGGGUGCCGCCACGCCGGGCCGACACGGAGGUGGGCGGCGUGUACUCGAGCGCUGUCCACUGGGACCGGGAUCGCGGACCCUACCUGGCCAGCUCUGAUGUGCUGAUCCUGGCCGGAGGAUCCGUGAGCAUCGAUGCCGGUGUGACUGUCCGAUUCGUUCCCGGAACGGGGGUCACAGUCAGAGGAGGUCGACUCAUUGCUGCGGGCGGCAGCCGGGAUCGGAUCGUUCUGACCACGGCCGAGCCGUCCGUCGGUCCCCUGCCGCACCCCUCCCUGCGACUGGUGGACGGGCCGACACCGUGGGAGGGCCGGGUGCAGAUCUUCCACCGACACCACUGGCGAUCCGUCUGCACCAACUCCAGAAACUGGACGGAGGCGGACCGAGGGGUGGCCUGCUCACAGCUGGGCUUCUCCGGUGGCGAGUACGCCGACUGGUACCCGUGGCUGAACGGUACCCGCCGCCUGCUGUACCCCAAACCGGACUGUACCGGGACAGAGCGCCGCCUGCAGGACUGCAACUGGCAGUACCGCGCCAUGGGGGCCGGCGUCUGUGACGAGCACGCCGACCUGGCCAUCCGCUGUGAGCCCGUGUUGGGGGCCGGCCGGCCUCUGACCCACUGGCGGGGCCUGAGGUUCGAGCAUGCCUCCUACGUCAAAAUGCUCACCGCCGGAGACACCCUCUACGAAAAGUUUUCCAAUUCGAAGCUCUACCAUGUGGAUGUGCUGCACGCCGGCAUGGGACCCAAUAAAGAGGUUCAGGCGGCCAUUGAGAGUGUGGGCGUGCCUCCUCGGAUGUACUCGCUGACGGUGAGGGACUCGGUCUCCGGCGGCAUUAACGUCACCCAGCCCGACUCCCUGGUGGCCAUCAACAACUGCACCGUCAGCGACAACGCCGGCAUCGGCAUGUACUUCAACACGUCCACGGGCCUGGUGCACGUGCACGACUGUGACGUGCACGGUAACGGCGCCGACGGCCUGAAGCUGGUGCAGCACGAGCUGCAGAUCCCGCGCCGGGAGGUGGACGGCGCGCCGGUCUCGGAUUUUUGCAGCUCGGGUACCACGCUGGAGUCGGUGUACCCCAUCUUCACGGCGGCUCAACAGUACCGCACCAGCUACCUCUCCAAACGGUGUCAGAAGACGUUCCGCUGCCGGCCCGGCCUGGUGAUGACGGUCAACUUCCUCUACCUGGCCAACGACAUCGACGACUCUGCCACGCUGAGCUUCUACGACGGCACGGCCGUGACCUCGCCGCUGCUGGGCACCUUCCAGAUCCGUAACGGCACCCGACCUCAGAGCGUGGUCACCACGAGGAACAAUCUGCUGGUGACGUUCAGCGCCCGGAACGAGACGCAGACCGAGGUCCUGAUGGCCAUCACCGCCGGCGACGGAAAGGCACACGAUCUGAACGUCUCCAGCUCCGUCAUCGCCAACAACAACGGCCGUGGCAUCGCCAUCGAGAAUAUCCGCUCCUUGGUGCACAUCCACCGCACGAUCGUGGCCAACAACUCGCACGUGGCCGGCGUGCACGUGCUGGGAGGCGCCGGUGACGUCAACAUCACGCGGUCGCACAUCAGCGGAAACCUGGGCGAUGGAGUGAACGUAACGUACGCGGGCGGAAACCAGAACAUCUCGUGGUGCGACAUCCGCGCCAACUCGGGACGUGGCGUGUCCGUCUGGUUCAACGAGACCCGCGAACGGGUGGCGUUCGCUCAGGAGCUGGUCCUGUCGUACUCAAACAUCUCUGCCAAUCUGCAGCAGGGCCUGUUUGUCGGUAACUACUGCCGCUCUGCCUUCGUCAACGUCAGUGGAAAUGUGUUCUGGAAUGGCAAGGGGGACGCCGUGGACAUCUGGUCCUGCUGGAACGAGACCUACGAUCCGUUGAAGCUCCAGAUCGGUCACAACCGCUUCAUUGCCAACGAGAAGCUUGCCAUCAACAUGGCCCCGGUCGCCAACAUGGUCGGAACUAUCGAACAUAACUUCUUCUUUGAGCAGCGGAAGGCCACGAUGCGUAUUUUCAGCGGAGACGCACCGGAGGUGGAACUUCUCCCAGUGCGGCUGAAAAUCUCCGACAACUACUUUGAAAGGAAUCGUGGAAUCUACGUCGUCAGCAUUGGAGCAUCUCAGUUUGUUCGCUCAUCUCGACAGAACAUCCUCUUCACUCGUAACUUCCUGCUGCGAAAUACUGUAGCCGAGCCUUUCCCGAGCCUGAACCCACGUAACCGUGUAUCCGCAGUCGUCACCGUUUCGUCGGCCUCAGCGAUUGUCUAUCGAAACAUCCUGCAGAACCCUGGCUCUCGCUACGAGCUCGGUGUUCACUUUGAGGAUCAGAGCUCCAACGCCAACGCCUCCCACAACUGGUUUGGCUACAAACGCUCCACAGACGUGUACGACCGCAUCUUCGACCGCAAGGACCGCUACAACUUGGCCAGGGCAGACUUUGAGCCAUUCUUGCUGAGCGAAAACGAUCCGGACUCGUCUCUGCUGUCUCUGAACGAGCAGUUUGUGCCGAGUUUUGGGCCGAACGAGCAGGGAGAGAUCGGCGGCGAGAUCGACGGCCAGGUGGUGCUGCCUGAGGGCACUCUGAAGGUCACACGGGACAUCUUCGUCCGUCCCACAGGACGACUGACCAUAGCGUUUGGUGUUCGCCUGCUCUUCCCGCAUAGCGUCGGCAUGAUGGUGGCCGGGCACCUCCACGCUGAGGGCUCCUCACUGGCAGAGGAGAAGCGCAUCACCUUCGGCCUGCAGGAGCGCGGCAUCCGCAGCAACGUCAGCCUGGCGCCGGUCCGGCUGGUCGGCGGCAAGACGGAUCGUGAGGGACGACUCCAGGUGCUGAUCGGUAACGAGUGGGGCACGGUGUGUGACCACGGCUGGAGCCGCCUGCCGGCCUCGCUGGCCUGCCAGCAGCUCGGCUGGGUGCUCAACCCCGCCGACUGGACCGUCGAUCCGCACGACCUGCCGCCCGACGACAACCUCGACACCCGAGUCCUCAUGAGUUCGGUCCAGUGCUCCCCGACGGACACUGACCUGACCCGAUGUCAGUUUGAGGGCGCCGAUGACAUCGAGAACACCUGCUCCCACCAGCGUGACGUCACUCUCCGCUGCUAUGACGUCACGUGGGCGGGCGUUCGGUUCGGGGUGCCCUCGAAGAAGAACAUCCUAAAGAAUGUUCAGAUGGAGAGGGCGGGACUGGUAGACUACUCCACCUAUACAUUUGGGCCCGGCAAGGUCGCCGCCACGGCCGUCUCGGCGGCCAUCGGAGCUCAGCUGCGACCAGUACAGCUUGGUGUGGCCACGAGGAACGGCUGCGAGGCGGCAGUACACGCCACCAGAGCAUACAUCGACGAAUGCGAAGCGUCCGAAAACAGCAGAGUUAUCGUGAAGCUGGACAUCUCCAAUGCCUUCAACACCGUGCGCAGAGAUGCGAUGCUGGAAGCUGUGAAAACUCGUGCGCCAGAGAUAUACCCGGCUCCAGACACAGAAAUAAACACCUGGUACCUGGAUGAUGGAACGCUGGCUGGCCCACCAUCUGACGUCAUCUCCAGUAUCAAACAAGUGAAGGCAGAAAUGAGCGAAGUGGGGCUCGCCAUAAACGCAGGCAAGUGUGAAGUCACCUUCCUGGGAGGCUUCACCGACGAUACCAAGCUCAGCGCCCUGCACAUGCUGCAAAGUGUUCUUCCCGACAUCCGGGAAGUCCCCGUGGAUGAAAGGGAAGUGCCUCGUCUGGGACGCUACCUGCGUCGACACGUUCAGCGCUUCGUCAGUCAAGGCAUCCGCGGCCCGUGCGAGCUCAGCUGCAACCGUCGCCGAGAGGCGUAA